AUGAUCUGUAACCUGCUUCUGUCCUGCUCUGUCCUCCUGCUCUCCUGCAGUCAUCUGUUAGCACAUCCUGUUACAGACACAGCUGACAUGACUUUCAGCGGCCCUGAUUCAGUGGAAGAGGCAGGAGGGGUCAGUCCAGAUGAUUUCUCUGUCUCUGAUCUCAAUGAUCUCCUGCAGAGGGUGGCAGUCGCAGGAUAUUCCCCAAUGCUCAGCCAAGAGAAUAACAAAGUGCCUGGGCAGAUUCCUAAACAAGCUCUUAGAGAGUUACUGUUAGAAAAACCGUAUCGCCUCAUUCCUCCCAGAGGUCUGUGGGGCAGCAGGAGACAGUUCAGGAAGAGAGGUGGCGGUGCGGAUUGCUUCUGGAAAUACUGUGUUUGA